CAUUCUGUUUCUGUGUCACUGCUGCUGCCAAACACUCUUAUUGAGACACUACUGGUGAGCAGUGGCUAUAUAAACACUGGUGGUGAAAAACACAGAGUUUUGUUUAAACUCACGUUGCAAAAUGUGGAGAAUCGCUUUGGUUUUGAUUGUAGCUGUCGGGAUCCAUGCGCUCUUUGCUCUUGAACUGUAUACAAAUAGCUGGGCGGUGCGCAUACCUGAUGGCUCUGCAGAGGCAGAACGCAUAGCAAGGAAAUUUGGUUUCAUCAAUCUUGGGGAAGUGGUGCUUGGUAGUGAUUUCUACCAUCUAGUCCAUCGGAGUAUACAAAGGAAAUCUUUCAGCCCUCACUGGGGUAGGCAUGUUCAGCUGAAGAAAGAACCCAAGAUUAGUUCGUUUGAGCAGCAGACCUUGAAGAGAAGGAAGAAAAGACAAACUUAUCCGGAGCCAACAGACCCCAUGUUCCGCAAGCAGUGGUACCUGAAUAAAAAUGGCAAUCCUGACUUAGGCGUUCUGACUGCUUGGAGCCAUGGGUACACUGGAAGGGGUGUGGUUGUGACCAUUGUGGAUGAUGGACUUGAAAAGGACCACCCUGAUCUGGCACAGAACUAUGAUCCAAUGGCAAGUUAUGACUUUAACAGUAAUGAUCCUGACCCUCAGCCCCGAUAUGACCCAUCAAAUGAGAACCACCACGGGACCCGCUGUGCAGGUGAGGUGGCUGCAGUUGCCAAUAAUGGUAUUUGUGGCGCCGGAAUCGCCUACAAUGCUGCAAUAGGCGGUGUGCGGAUGCUGGACGGGUUGAUCACAGAUAUUAUCGAAGCUCAGUCGCUGAGUCUAAACCCACAGCAUAUUGACAUUUAUAGUGCCAGCUGGGGCCCUGACGAUGAUGGGAAGAUUGUGGACGGACCAGGAGUGCUUGCUUCUGAGGCUUUCGUUAAAGGAAUAGCGAAUGGUCGAGGUGGCCUUGGAUCUGUCUUUGUUUGGGCAUCUGGGAAUGGUGGAUUGCAUUAUGACAACUGCAACGCUGAUGGCUACUCUAACAGCAUCUACACCAUUUCUGUGGGUAGUACAUCAGAAAAUGGAAAGGUCCCGUGGUACAGUGAGGCGUGCUCAGCCUUACUAACCACUACAUACAGCAGCGGCAUCAACAACGAAGGGAAGAUCGUCAGCACUGAUAUUCGUCACAAGUGCACAGAUCAGUCUACUGGCACUUCAGCUUCUGCACCACUUGCUACUGGAAUUCUAGCUCUCGCGUUGGAGGCAAACCCAGCUCUAACAUGGAGGGAUUUACAGCAUAUUGUAGUAAGAUCAUCCAAUCCCACCCACCUGACUGCUGAAGACUGGGUAUCAAAUGGAGUUGGACGAAAAGUCAGCCACCAUUAUGGCUAUGGGCUCCUGAACGCUGGACAAGUAGUAGAGCUGGCUAAAAUGUGGGAGACAACUCGGCCUCAAAGAAAGUGCCUGAUUGAGGUUGUAAACACCCCACAAAAACUGGAUUCUGACCUACUGGUGACCGUGAAUGUCACUGCCUGUCAUGGUUCCCCCAACCACAUAGUGUCCCUGGAACACGUCCAAGCCCAAAUCUCCCUAAGUUAUAGUCGCAGAGGUGACCUGGAAAUCUCUCUCACCAGCCCUAUGGGCACCCGUUCUGUGUUGAUGGCUUUGAGACCAUAUGAUACCAGCACCGAUGGGUACAAAGACUGGUCUUUCAUGACGACACACACUUGGGAUGAAAAUCCACAGGGCAUUUGGACCUUGGAAUUUUUAAACAAGGGAGGCUAUAGGAACCAUGGAUUUCUUAAUAAUUUCAAGCUGAUUCUGUAUGGUACAGAAGAAGACAUGAUGGCCAGAAGAAUCCAGAGGUCUGUAAGGAGAGACUGUUUGACCUUUGACAGCAAUGGGUUAUGUACAAAAUGUGAGUCACCGUAUUACAUCUUUGGAAAGCUCUGCCUGUCUUAUUGCCCUCCCAAGCACUUCAAGACUACGCAGACGGUGGAGACAGAAGGAUCUGAUGGCUUUACCCGUAUUUGUGCUGCUUGCCAUCCAUCCUGUAACACCUGUAACGGGAAGUCGGACAAUAAUUGCACUUCCUGCUCACCUUUGUCCACCUACAACGCCAAAAACCAUUCCUGCUCACAGGCUCAAUCUCCAAGUACAGACCUUAGCACCACUCCAUCCACCCUGGCACCUAAAACUAUAGCCAUGGCUGUGGUUAUAAGCGUGGCUUUCGUAGCCUCGAUAGCGAAGCUGUUUUUCAUUUGUUGGCUUCUCCGGAGAAGAACUGUAAACAAAGCUCAGUCUUCUGACGUAGAGAAGGGUAAGCUCUGUGCUCCUAAUGAUGAGGUGGAAGCUGAACAGGGAGCAGAAUCUCAGCUUCUUCAACCUUCAUUUAGUGAUGAGGACUAAAACAACAAGGAAGAUCAAAGACCCAGCCUGGCAAUGAUACAGAGACUUCACAUGUUUUUGACAUGAAAACAUAACUUUUAGGUCAUUUUGAUGUGACUUACUUGAUAGUUGGUAUGGCCACACUCUUGGGGAGGGAAUAGUGUGACGCCAUCUCUGAUUUGACAUAACUGAUCUGAUUUAUCAUACG